AUGAGCCAAGAUUUGACGCCCCUGCAGCAGAGUGUUUUGGAGAAGUAUUCCAGCCUGUCUGAAGCUUUGCACGAUCUAGACGAGUCGAUCAAAGAGCUGAACAGGUCGAAGGAGGGGAACAGCGCUGAUGUCUCUGCAGACGAUGUGUUGCAGGAGAUGAGAGCGAUAGAGACGCGGAUAGGUCUAAUUGGGACAUUGUUGAAGGGGAGUGUCUACUCGUUGAUUUUGCAGAGGGGAAACGACUGGAACAACUGA